CCCGCCCGCCCGACGCGCGAGCCGCCACCUGGAACUCCCUGUGCUGCUGCCGCAGCCUCCACUUGGGCCGUCUCGCAGCGUCUCAGAAGUCGUAUCGCCUUGGCUUUAACCAAACUGGAGCUUUUUCAGGAGGAGGAGGGACCCUUAAGAAGGGUCUGCGGGCUGCCUCUGCGCGGCACCCCGCGCCGUCGUCCUGCCUUUGACUUGGAAGGAGUCCGAGCAGGCCCUCCUGCUUCUUUAGCGGCGGCUGCCCCGGCCCCCACCAAGACGACCUGUAGGGACCCUGGCUCCUUGUCCGGCCGACUUGGAGUUACAAGCCCUGAGCGGAGCGCCCCCGACUGCCGCUCUCUGUCACCCCCAUCCAUCCUCCCGGCCUCCUUCCUUCCUUCCAUCCGUCCACCCUUCUUUCCUCCCACCCACCCGUCCAUCCGCCGUUUUCUGUUUCCCUCCUAAUGUGCAUUCCUUGCAGAAUGAGGAGUGGGUGGGGGGUAUCAGCAAGGGAGGGCUGGGAUUUCCAUUGGGUCCUUCUGGCAGAGCUGAGGUUUGCUGGGACUGUGUUGCCCUCCAGGCCGUUGCCUCUUUCUCUGGAAGCCCGAGGGCAGGGCUGCCUCCCUGUGGCUGGCUGCGUGCCCGUGCGUGUUGAGUGUAGGUUCUUUUCCUUAUGUCUUGGUUUCAGCUGCUUCGAAAAGGAUUGCUAAGGAUAUUUCGCAAUAGUUUCCCUCCUCCCGGUACCCCUCUUUAAGCGGGUCAGGGAGUAUCUGGGAGCAAAUGAUGCCAGCCUUGGGUGGCCUGAAGCUGGCGCUCUGCGUGUGUUCCCUGCCGUCUAGAGGAAGCAGGGAGGGCCGUAGGAUGUGGGAGGAGACGGAUCCCCGGACCCCGCUGCUAAGGGAACUUCUUCGCUGGGCUCCUUGUGCCUGCCCGGUCCGGCCUCGGUCGGAUAACUAGGAAAAGUACCAGACACGCGCUGCCACAGCAAGCUUAUUGCCCCCAAAGCAGGAUUACCAGGAAAAGCGUCUGCCAGCUAGCUGUUUGCCUGGAGAACCUGUGGUCCCGGCAAAUAGAGGGUUCCCCUUCCUGAGAAGUUUGCUGUUUCCUUUUCUGGGGCCCGCGGGGCCUGUGCACAGGGCCAGCAGGACUGAGUUAGCUGUUCUGUUAAACCAGCCAGAAGAGGUACUCUCCGUGACAAGGUUGCGUUUCCUAUUGUGUGACCUCCCUACGUGCAGUAGCUCUUUAUUUUCAAGUUACGCUGUGUCUUAUAAUUGCAGUUUCAGACUAAGCAGUCAGUCACGACCUUUUGCGUUUUUACAAACGGUGGCACGUUUUAUCUUGGAAAGAGGGCUUCGAGUUUCCGUCAACUUGCUAUUAAGCGCAUUCCCAGGUCUGUAUUUUACCCCAAGCACCAGAAGUCCCGGACGUCAAGAUUAGCGCUGGCUUAUGAGAAGAACCGAGACGGACAGUGGAGGGGUGACCCCCGCGCCCACUUGGAGGCAGUGACUCGCCUGCUCCAUCUUCUCCCAUUUUUCUCUAGUAUUUCAAAGCAGAUCUGAUCGUGAGACGGAAACGGAGAAUGUUCUUGCUGAUGUGCCUUAACCUGAAGCUCAGGAGAGUGCUUGGCAGUGGCUGAAGGUCAUGGUGGUUUAUCCAGGAGAUGGGAUGGAGUUCCCUGUGCUGUGCCGCAGGGCCUCCUGGCUGAUCCAUUCUGCAUGUCGGAGUUUGCAUCUACUGACCCCGACCUCCCCGUCCAGCUCCCCCCCCCGCCCCGCCCCCUUGGCCACCGCUGGCCAGUUCUCCAGGUCUGUCCGUCUCUGCUCUGGAGGACGCGAUGUUUGCCCGGGGGCUGAAGAGGAAGUACGCCGAGGCGCAGGAGGCCCAGGAGGCCGCGGCCGUGCCCGCCUACGGCCUGCAGCGGCAGUCGCUCCUGGACAUGUCUCUGGUCAAGCUCCAGCUCUGCCACAUGCUGGUGGAGCCCAACCUGUGCCGCUCCGUCCUCAUCGCCAACACGGUCCGCCAGAUCCAGGAGGAGAUGAGCCAGGACGGGAGCUGGCGCGGGGCGGUGGCGCCGCAGGCCGCGGGGCGGGCGCCGCUGGAGCGCCUGGUCUCCACGGAGCUCCUGUGCCGCUCGGGGACCGCGGCCUCUGAGCUCUGUGCCCGCCCGACGGCUCCGGCGCCAAGGGGCCCGAAGAGCGGCGGGGACGAGGGCGCCGACCCGCGCGGAGACGGAGGGCGCGUUCCGACGUCGCUGGAUCAGAUAUUGGAAACUCUGGAGCGCAGGAGCCCCGGCUCCGGGGACGAGCUCUUUGCGGCCGUGGACGGCUCCUACUACGACCUGGACGCCGUGCUGACGGGCGCGGCGGCCCACGAGGGCCUGGAGGCCUUGAGCCCCGCGGCCGCCGCCCCUCCCGGCUGCAAGUCGGACCUGGGCGAGCGGGACCACGUGGUGGAGAUCCUGGUGGAGGCCUGAGCCGCGGCCGCCGAGCGCUGGUGUUGGCACGCAGCCCCCGGAGACAGCCGAGCACCCGUGUGCGUGCCCGCUGUGCCUGCAGCCCUGGGCCAGCCCUGCGGUUCGGGGCCCACCCGCCCCCGGGCCGGGCAGUCUUCCUGCGGGCAGGUGGUCCCGCCGGCCCCUGGGGGCGUCCCCCGAGGCCUGUUUCGGCUCCGAGGAGGAGGAGGACGGGCCCCCAGCUGUGUCCGGCCUCGUCCAGCGUUAGAUAGACGACGUUUCUAAAAUUGUUGUACAUGUUUUUGGCAAUAUUUGGUCUUGAGAUAUAUUUUUAAACUUUUUAUACUUUUACCACUUUAGGUUUUUUUAGCUAUUUUCUUAAAACAUAUUUUUUCUAUACACAUCCUCUGCUGCUACAUUAGAAACUUUUGUAACCUAAA